AUGUCGCCUAAUACUAGUACAGUCAGCGAUUUAGAAGUCGGCGGACGAAUCCCUCCCAGAAAAAUCGAACAAUCGGCUACAGAUGAGUCCUGUCCACCUACCGCCGCCACGAUCUCUCCAUUGAACGAAACGAGCGGGGAGCCAGAUCGCGAUAGUGUCAAUUGGAACGGUCUGGAUGAUACCGAGAAUCCUCGCAACUGGACAGCCUUCAACAAAAAUAUGCAGGUGGUCAUUGUGAGCCUCUUCGUACUUAACGCGAACCUGGCCGCCACCAUGUUUGCUCCCGGCGCGAAUGAGCUUGCCCUCGAGUUUGGCAUUACCAACAAUACCGUCACAGCCAUGACUGUCAGUCUAUACGUACUCGGUUUCGCUCUAGGUCCUCUGGUCUUCGCUCCGCUCUCGGAGUUGUACGGCCGUCUCAUUGUUUACCACUUCUGUAACCUAGUCUACGUUGCCUUUACAUUUGGCUGCGCCUUUAGUACCAACGUCGGUAUGUUCCUGGCUUUCAGGUUGAUCACUGGCUGCGCUGCUUCGGGCCCAAUGAGCGUAGGGGGUGGCACGGUUGCCGACCUGACCACACCUGAGCAACGAGGAAAGGCCAUGGCCCUAUUCACUAUGGGACCCUUACUGGGACCUGUCCUUGGGCCCAUUAUUGGGGGCUAUGUAUCUGAGUACGCUGGCUGGCGGUGGACAUUCCGCAUCAUCCUAAUGCUUGCCGGAGUGAUUAGCAUCAGCACUCUCAUCUUCGCACGCGAGACCAACGCUACCGUUCUUAUCCGAUGGAAGGCCAAGAUUCUGUGCAAAGGGACGGGAGCCGAACAACUCAUACCAAUAUUAAGCAAGCAAAAGGCGCCGCGUGAGAUGCUUAUCCGCGCCGUCGUCCGACCGUUGAAGUUACUAAUCUUCUCUCCCAUCGUCUUACUCGUCUCACUCUACACUGGUAUUAUGUUUGGCCUUAUCUUCUUGCUUUUUACCACUUUCCCGUCGGUAUUUAGUGGAGUUUACGGUUUCGAUGCAGGGACAUCGGGAUUGGCUUACCUUGGUCUUGGUCUUGGCAUGGCUAUAGGUUUGGUUCUCUUCGGCAUGCUCAGCGAUAAGUUACUGGACCAAAAACGGGGCGAUGCUGUUGGGAAGCCCGAAAACCGGCUCAUUCUCAUGAAGUGGAUGAGCCCCAUCGCCCCUUUGGGUUUAUUCUUGUACGGCUGGAGUGCCCAGUAUCAGACACACUGGAUGGUGCCCAUCUUGGGUACAUUUAUCAUCGGACUGGGGUCUCUGUUCGUCGUCAUCCCUGGACAGAUCUACCUAGUAGACUCCUUCGGAGCGGAAGCUGCCGCCUCGGCCCUUGCAGCCAAUUUACUCGUCCGUAGCCCUUUCGGCGCCUUUCUGGAUCUCGCUGCCGUGCCCUUGUACGCCCGACUCGGACUAGGUUGGGGCAAUAGUGUGUUGGGUUUCAUCUGUCUGGCAUUCUCGCCUGUACCUUGGUUGUUUUAUCGUUACGGGGAGAGGCUGCGGACACGUUUUGUCGUCGAGUUGUGAUAUACUCACGUUAAGGUGGUUGGCCGAUAACUUUUCUUUAUUGUACACUAUCUCCAGGAAGUCUAGGGACGUGGUUAUAGCCGCUAUCUCGCGAGGCCAAAAAUUGCUAUAAUUCGCACGUACUAGCCAUACAAGAACCUUGAAAUUCUCCAGAUAUGUCGACUACAUGAUAGAUGCCAGGCCCAUGUCGCGACGAAUAACCCAGCGGCAAUCGUCAAGGUUGAUGUCAAUAACAAGCGAUCCAUCGUUGCGGUGGACUAAAUAUUCUAUUAAU